CCUAGCCAGCAUCCGAUAGAGCAGGUAGGUCAAGUAACGUCUGUUAACGUAGAAAUGUACGACUCACUUGCGUGAUAAUGAACAGUGUAUGUCGAUUAACUAAGCGACGCCUGUUUAUUCAAUUCAUGGCAUUUCGCGGAUUGGAUAUGUUUGGCUGGAAGAGCCGCAGCUAAAAGUACCCAGCAUUGUUUAUGUCUGCUCUCUGAAUCGUUCUGUUGAUGUGCUGGGGUGGAAAGCAGAGACGGUUGGACCGAGAACCCCUCAGCCAGACGGCCACACCACAGACGCCGCGGUCAGCUGCGUGAGUUUGUGACCGACACGUGUCCUCCGCUGUGCGGCGUGCACGCUGAUGACGGCAGCCACUCGCAGCAAGGUGUUGUCUCUUUACAUGAGGGUGCUUCGGGUCGCCCGGUCGUGGCAAGCCUCAACAGCCUUCCCGCAGGACACAGAGACUGAGAGAAAGUACAUAGUCCAAGAGGCCCGCACGCUGUUCAGACAGAACCAGCAGCUGACAGAUCAGGAAUCGAUCAAACGGUGCAUAGAGGAAUGCGAGGCAAGGAUAGAAAUUGGUCUACAUUACAGGAACCCGUAUCCGAGAGCUACCUACCUACCACCAAUGGGACUGGCAACCCAGAAAGGCCGGAAGCUGCGUGCACAGCAGCGCCUCAGGAAGCAGGCCAAGCCGGUUUACUUACAGUCGCAUGACGAGACCUGACACUUGAUAAACCUCAUCCCUGCCAAGGCUUCAUGUUACCCUGCAGAGAUCAGUCACAAGCUGAUCUCAAGGGUUAGGCCGACAAGACCACUCAGCCGGACAUGUCUGCCACAGUAUUCCUUACUUGGGGGGGGGGGGGGUAUUUCUUCCAGUUCUACAGGCACAUUGUAAGUAUCUUUUGAUAUAAAAAAACCCCCACUAAGACUUUACAAUUUUACAAUGGUGUACAUGUCACUUUCUGUUCCGUGAAGUGGUUCAGAGGAACACAGUCAGCAUUGUCUGUCUUGUAUUAAAAAGCACUAUCAAGUAAUAUUGGGUUGAACUGUAUUCUUUAUUCCAUGUAAUAAAUUUUUUUUUAUAAACAAUACGGCUCUGACUUUAUAUUCAGCAUCCAAAUAGAAUUGCAUAGAAAGAUAGAAUUGUUGAGUAGAGUGCGUCUGAGUGCAAAUCCUCGCCACGAAGUUGUUUUGUGCCACCCGUAGAUUAAUAAGGCAACAUUCGAACCAAAUGAAGAAACAAAUGAGACUUCUGCCUGAUACCUGAGCAUGGGGACUGUUCAAACUCAAGUGGGGCAACUCACCUCCCUACACACAAUUACUACCCCUAACCCCAAAUAGAUGUACUAGGUGACGUUUUAGUGUGUCAGCAUCAGAAGAAACACCCGCUAAGAAGAAACGAUGGGGCCUCCGGGGGGCGUGGUGGUCUAUUCCGUUGCCUACCGACACAGGGAUCACCGGUUCGAGUCCCCAUGUUACCUCCGGCUUCAUCAAACGUCCCCGCAGACGCGGGUGGGAAGCCGGAUGUGGGUUUGUGUCCUGGUCGCUGGACUAGCGCCUCCUCUGGUCGGUCAGGGCGCCUGUUCAGGGGGCAGGGGGAACUGGGGGGGUAACAGCGUGAUCUUCCCACACGCUGUGUCCCCCUGGUAAAACUCCUCACUGUCAGGUGAAAAGAAGCGGCUGGUGACUCCACAUGUAUGGGAGGAGGCAUGUGGUAGUCUGCAGCCCUCCCUGGACCGGCAGAGGGGGUGGAUCAGCGACCGAGCGGGGUAAUUGGCCA